UAUUUAGGGUAACUACAUCAGUCAGAGCUGCAUGAGCUUGCAUGCAAGAGACGGUGUUCUUAGUGAAAGACUCUCGUUUCUUGGAAACUACCGGAGACUGUGUCACUGCGGGCACGACCUUGAAAAAGAUCACAACAAAGCAAGUUACUCUCCUAAAGGUUCAGAGGAUCAUACAGUAUUAUUCUGCUGAUAUCAUGAUUGCCAUGCAUAUAUGAUCAGGAACCAAUUUGCAUAAUGACAUGUAAAUAUAAUCUUAUACUGGGGAUAACAGUUGUGGCCAUACACUUUAUUUUUCCUCAAGCAGAAGAUUCCUGUGAAAAGCAGCAACCGACACGCUUUCCAAAACAUCAUGGAAAGGAUUGCCCGAAAUCAUCAGGAUACAUCACAAAUGUAUCGUGCCAAAUCUACAAUUUGACCAACCUUAACUGUACAUGGGGCAUAAAAGAUAUUCAGUCCUGCUUUUUUUUCUGGAUUAAAGGAAACAUGUUGCCAUGUUCACAGUAUUUAAAAAAUGAAGAAAAUAAAAUUAUUGGAUGUCAUAUGAAGGUCAUGGAUUUUGAAGAACAGCCGAAAGCCAGACUCCAUUUUUUUAAUACUGAAUGCCAAAUCACAAAAGCUGUUAAACUUUCAGAUAUAGAGAUGAUGAAACCGCCAAUCAAUAUCACCAAAGAAUCUCAAAAAGGGAAAGUAAUUAUGAAAUGGAGCAGACCGCCAACUGCAACAACCAUUGUUAACAGCGCCUGCUUUGAAUACGAAUUAAAGGUUUUGGAGACAGAGACGAAUGUUCUUUUCCGGACUCUCAUCACUGAUAAGAAAGAACACACCUUCCAUGAUCUGGAUAAAAACAAGAGGUAUUCCAUUCGAAUUAGAGGAAGAAAACGAGUGAAUUGCGGCCAGAGUAAAUUUUGGGGUGAAUGGAGCAAACCUUUGUUCGUAGGGAAAGGCAAAAAAAGCUUUCCAAGCUGGAUUUUUCCACUCACUUUUGUAAUUGUUAUGGUUUUUACAUUUGUUAUAUCACUAUUCCUUCUAAAAAGAUUCGCUUGGACAUUUUUCACAGCAGUUAUUCCAGAUCCAUCCAGCAAAUUAAAAUUCUGGUUUUCUUCAAGUGACCUAUAUUUUCAGAAGUGUGCUGAUGCAGCCCAGCAUGAAUGUGUACCUAUUUCAGAGAUUGAGAUUGUGACAUCUUCAAUGGACUCUACACAAUGCGGCCAAGGACACUGAAUUCAGUGAAUGAUCUGUUUUUUUUUUACUUGGAGAUAUGCUAGAGUAGCACAUGGUGCAUGUUUGGAUAUUUGUUUCAAUCUACAUAGAAGCCACAAACCAAAUAGAUUUAUAUGAUCCUUUA